ACUUGUUUUAUGUAUUUUUUUUAUUUGUUUUUAUUUUCUACCUCAAUUCACUUCCUUUCAUUUUUAUAUUCACAUUUUUGCUUAAUUCAUUUUACUCAUUCAUUUUUUAUUGGAAUAUUUUUGUGGAGGGAACGGGAGAAAAAAAUUUUUUUGGAGGGAAAAAAUAGUACUUUUUCUAUAUCUUCUUCUAUAGACGUCUUUAAAUAUUACACAAUUCUCUAUUGA